CGCCGCAGACCCGGCGGCUCCUCCUCUGCGCAGGGCGGGGGAGCCGGGGACCGCCCGCCGCCGCCUCCGCCUCUUCCUGCGGUGCCUGCGGUGGGGAAGGCAGCGGCUGCGGGAGCUCCGGAGAGCGCGAUGGCGGCCAACAAGGAGCGCACGUUCAUCGCCAUCAAACCCGACGGCGUCCAGCGCGGGCUGGUGGGGGAGAUCAUCAAGCGGUUCGAGCAGAAGGGCUUCCACCUGGUGGGCAUGAAGAUGGUGCACGCCUCUGAAGACCUUCUGAAGCAACAUUACAUUGACCUGAAAGACAGACCAUUCUUCCCUGGUUUGGUUAAAUACAUGAACUCUGGACCUACUGUGGCCAUGGUAUGGGAAGGACUCAAUGUGGUUAAAACCGGGAGAGUGAUGCUUGGGGAAACAAACCCUGCAGACUCCAAGCCUGGUACCAUCCGUGGUGACUUCGGCAUUCAAGUAGGAAGAAACAUCAUUCAUGGUAGUGACUCUGUGGAGAGUGCACAGAGGGAGAUCAACCUGUGGUUCAAACCUGCAGAGCUCAUUGACUUCAAGUCUUGUGCACAUGACUGGAUCUACGAGUGAACUGAGUUGCCACAGUGACUUGUGCCUUCUAAACGCAUCAUCUCAUUCCAGCUACUACCUGGGAGCAACCAUGGUUAUCUUAGUCGUUUUCAGCACUGUCGAAUAAAUUCAUAUGAAGUAA